CCGGAAUAUCUUCUGGUGACCGGAAUAAAAUUUAGUAGUUACAAAAUAUUGUUACCAUGGGUGAAGAAGUGAACCUAACCGACUAUGAAUACAGCGGUGGUAACGAUGACAGACUUCUCUGGGAGGUUGGACUUCCCGACGUCGAUGAUCUCACGCCGUUGACUCUGCAGUUGAUUCCCUCGGAACUCGCUGCUGCGUUCAGAAUAUUGCCGGAAUUGUCAAAGACGAUGACCGAUGUAAAUCGUGCUUCGCAGAAUACGUUUUCUUCUCUCCAGAGAUGGCACUCACAGGAUAUGGCUUCGAUGAAUAACUCAUAUUUCAAGCCGUUUAGCUAUGAGAGGACUAGAGAAGAGACUGUUACUGAAAGAGAUGAAACGGAUCUGAUAAGAGAGGGAUCCGACCCGAGGAAGCUCCGACGGGUUGAAUCCGGAGGCACUGAGGAGGCUGAUUCAUCUCUGUGUAACGAGAAUUUUGCGGAUGAUUCGUCUGCUAAGACUCCGAAGCGGCCCAGACUUGUUUGGACGCCGCAGUUACACAAGCGUUUUAUUGAAGUGGUGGCGCACUUAGGUAUCAAAGGGGCUGUGCCGAAAACAAUUAUGCAGCUUAUGAAUGUGGAAGGAUUGACGAGAGAGAACGUAGCAAGUCAUUUACAGAAAUACAGAUUGUAUACGAAGAGAAUGCAGCCGAACGAGGGUCCUUCUUCGUCUGAUCAUUUGUUUACUUCCACACCGGCGGCAGAGAGUAUGCGUGAGUCCAGUGAGGGUGGUCACCUGCGCAAUACUAAUGGCCACAUGGCAACGCCAACUCUGAUGCCGUACCAACCACAAAUGGUGCCGAUGCCAAUGAUGGGAAUGCCAAAUGGAGGACAUGUAGGCAUGCCUGUUGGUUACGGGGGUGGACCGCCACUUGGGUUUCAUCAUCACUAUAAUAUGGUGCAGCAGCGGGACUGGUCUGGAAAUAAUUUUGGUUACUAUCAUCCUGUUGCUUCUAAUGAUAAGUAGCUCCAGAAGCUGGGGUAAGGUCCUUUAAUUAUCCGAGCUGCCAAGUCCUAAAAUGUUUAUUUGAGUAUUUUGGAGGAAAAAGUUAUCAUUUUUUUUGGAUAGAUUUCCGAACUCAAUUAUUUACAAUUGCUUGUAGAGGGAUGAAUACUGAUUUAAGUUAUCAGAAGUCUGACUUGGUGGUU